AUGUCUCGGAAGCUUGGCUUUGGUUUCUCACAACAAACCUCAAGAAAAUCAGUAUUUGACUCAGAAGAAAGCAGCUCACAGCGACAGAAACCACCACCUGCGCUUGACUCUUUCUUUGAAGAGACAACGUUGAAACCAAAAAAACGGAAAUUGGUAAAAUUAGAUGACGAUGAUUUACUGAUCUCUGAAGGGCUGGAAGAGUUAGGCGAUGAGCAACAGCAGCAGGAACAGGAAGAAAAUGACGAUUUUGUUGGUGACUUGGACGACGAACGGGGUGUUUUGCCAAAGACAUCGACCGGCAUUAGAGGGUUUGUACCACAAGGUUACAAUUCUAGCCAACAUAAAACGAUAAAUUUUGAGAGGAGAAGCGAAGAUCAGCAUUCAGCUACUGGUUCUGCCGUAUCAAAACAACAAGAGGAGGAGGAAGAAGAUGAUCCACUUGACGCUUUUAUGGUUGGCAUUGAUGAUAUUGUACAAAAAGAAAGCAGGGAAAGCAGCAUUCGAAAAGAAAAAGUACGAAGGGAUGAUAUCGAAGACGAAGAUUUCGUGGAAAGUUAUGUGAAUCAUAUGAAGAAGAAAGGCAUUGAAGUUGGUAAAAAUCAACGAGUGCCUAUUGAAAAAGACGAGAAUGCAAAUUCAGAUGAUGAGGUGUACGCUACUGCACGUGCGAUUGACGCUCAACUUGAAUACGAUUCUGACGAUAACCCUAUUAUUGAGCAAAAACGCAAAGAUGUAGAGCCGUUGCCCGCAAUUGAUCAUUCUCAAAUACAGUAUCCAGAGAUCGAAAAAUAUUUUUACGAGGAGCAUCCAGACAUUGCUGCUUUAUCAGAAGACCGGCAAACAUUCUUCCAAAUAUUAGACAUGCAUGUCUCCGGAGCAGAUGUGGCAAAGCCUUGCGUUUCUUUUGCACAUUUUGGGUUCGAUGACGCGUUGUUAGAUUCAAUUAUCAAGCAUGGGUAUUCAGAACCGACUGGCAUUCAGAAACAGGCAGUGCCUGUCGCGCUUUCAGGUCGAGACAUUAUUGGGAUAGCAAAGACAGGUUCUGGUAAAACUGCGGCAUUUAUUUGGCCCAUGCUGGUCCAUAUAAUGGAUCAAGAAGAACUUGAUAAAGGCGAAGGACCUAUUGGAUUAAUCUUAGCUCCAACCCGAGAACUUGCCAAUCAGAUAUACAUCGAAGCCAAAAAAUUUGCAAAGAGUUACAGUUUGAGAGUUGCAGCAGUUUAUGGCGGUGCAUCAAAAAUGGAUCAGUUCAAGGAACUGCGAUCUGGCGGUGUGGAGAUUCUUGUCGGGACACCCGGAAGGUUAAUCGACAUGGUUAAAAUGAAGGCCACAAACUUUCGAAGAGUCAGUUUCUUAGUACUUGACGAAGCUGAUCGGAUGUUUGAUCUUGGAUUUGAGCCGCAAGUUCGGUCUAUAUGCGAUAAUAUACGACCAGAUAGACAAACUUUGCUUUUUAGCGCAACUUUUCCAAAGAAAAUCGAAAAACUGGCUAGAGAAGUCACCCUGGAACCAGUAAGAAUAUCAAUAGGAAAUGUCGGGCAGGCAAACACCGAUAUCACCCAAGUAAUUGAAAUUUUACCUGAUGAUGGAUACAAAUGGGAUUGGCUAAUGAAGCAUUUGGUCAGAUUUUGCGUUGAAGGAAGUGUGCUUAUUUUCGUGAGUCGCAAGGGUGGCGUGGAUGAACUUUCACUGAAUUUGCAAAAUUCUGGGCAUCAAUGCGGUGCUUUGCAUGGUGAUUUGAUGCAAUCUGAGCGUGACAAAGUGCUCAAAGAGUUUAAGCAUAACAAAUUUCCUAUUUUGGUUGCUACAGAUGUGGCAGCUCGUGGUCUUGAUAUUAAAACUGUCAAAACUGUCAUCAAUUAUGACAUUGCUCGUGAUAUUGAUUUACAUGUUCAUCGUAUCGGAAGAACUGGGAGAGCAGGUGAAAAGGGUACCGCGUACACACUCAUCACCAAAAAAGAAGACAAGUUUGCAGGUGAUUUAGUUAGAAAUUUGGAGUCUUCUGGGCAACCGGUUCCUGAUGAUUUAUUGGAGUUGGCAAUGCAGGUAAACAUGAGGGAUAUAGUAAAGCAUGGUGAUGGUUUAGGAAAACUAGACAGAGUAUUCGAGGAGGGAGAGGAGGUCGAGGACGUGGUGGUAAAAGACAUGGACGCAGUGGUCGAGGUUGGUCACUAUUAUGAUGUUUGUAUUGUCCCUUUCAUAUUUACCAAAACUGUAAAAUUAUCAGGAGGCGCAGGUACUAGCGCAAAUGCGAUGCCACUUGGCGGAACACCAAGAUUGGGAGGAGGCGGUGCAGAAAUUCCUCCGCCACCACAAUUGACGACUAGUAGUUCAAGUAGCAGCAUACGUGGUAGUGGACUCGCAUCCCGAUUUCAAAUGAACUUUCAGAAAGCGACAACUUCUGCGCCUGCAUUGGGAAGUUUGCAUACAUCAACAACAACAUCUACUACACGAAAGCGACGAUGGGACACAUGA